AUGAUCGCGGAGCCUGCUCACUUUUACCUCUUUGGAUUCAUAUGUCUCUGUUCAGGCUCCCGUCUUCGUCAGGAAGAUUUUCCACCUCGCAUUGUUGAACACCCGUCAGAUCUAAUUGUCUCAAAAGGAGAACCUGCAACUUUGAACUGCAAAGCUGAAGGUCGCCCCACACCCACCAUCGAAUGGUACAAGGGUGGGGAGAGAGUGGAGACAGACAAAGAUGACCCUCGCUCACACCGAAUGUUGCUGCCAAGUGGAUCUUUAUUUUUCUUACGUAUAGUGCAUGGACGAAAAAGUAGGCCUGAUGAAGGGGUCUAUGUCUGUGUAGCAAGGAAUUACCUCGGAGAGGCUGUGAGUCACAAUGCAUCGCUGGAGGUAGCCAUACUACGGGAUGACUUCAGACAAAACCCUUCCGAUGUCAUGGUGGCCGUGGGAGAGCCUGCAGUGAUGGAAUGCCAGCCCCCACGAGGCCAUCCCGAGCCCACCAUUUCAUGGAAGAAAGAUGGCUCUCCACUGGACGAUAAAGACGAAAGAAUAACUAUACGAGGAGGAAAGCUCAUGAUUACUUACACCCGCAAAAGUGAUGCAGGCAAAUAUGUUUGUGUUGGUACCAACAUGGUUGGGGAGCGUGAGAGUGAAGUAGCAGAGCUCACUGUGUUAGAGAGACCGUCCUUUGUGAAGAGACCUAGUAACUUGGCAGUCACUGUGGAUGACAGUGCAGAAUUUAAAUGUGAGGCCCGAGGUGACCCUGUGCCCACCGUACGAUGGAGGAAAGAUGAUGGGGAACUGCCCAAGUCCAGAUAUGAAAUCAGAGAUGAUCAUACCUUGAAAAUUCGGAAGGUGACAGCUGGUGACAUGGGGUCAUACACUUGUGUUGCAGAAAACAUGGUUGGAAAAGCUGAAGCAUCAGCUACUCUGACGGUCCAAGUUGGGUCUGAGCCUCCACAUUUUGUUGUGAAACCUCGUGACCAGGUGGUUGCCUUGGGACGAACGGUCACUUUCCAGUGUGAAGCAACAGGAAAUCCCCAACCAGCUAUCUUCUGGAGGAGAGAGGGGAGUCAGAAUCUGCUUUUCUCAUAUCAGCCACCACAGUCAUCCAGCCGUUUUUCAGUCUCCCAGACUGGUGACCUCACUAUUACUAAUGUCCAGCGAUCUGAUGUUGGUUAUUAUAUCUGCCAGACUUUGAAUGUUGCCGGAAGUAUCAUCACAAAAGCAUAUUUGGAAGUUACCGAUGUGAUUGCAGACCGACCUCCCCCAGUCAUUCGACAAGGUCCUGUGAAUCAGACUGUAGCAGUGGAUGGUACUUUAGUGCUCAGCUGUGUGGCCACAGGCAGUCCAGUGCCCACAAUUCUGUGGAGAAAGGAUGGAGUCCUUGUUUCAACCCAAGACUCUCGAAUCAAACAGCUGGAGACCGGAGUACUACAGAUCCGAUAUGCUAAGCUGGGUGAUACUGGUCGAUACACAUGCAUUGCAUCAACCCCCAGUGGUGAAGCAACGUGGAGUGCUUACAUUGAAGUCCAAGAAUUUGGAGUUCCAGUGCAGCCUCCAAGACCCACCGAUCCAAAUUUAAUCCCUAGUGCCCCCUCAAAACCUGAAGUUACAGAUGUCAGCCGAAAUACAGUAACGUUGUCAUGGCAACCAAAUUUGAAUUCAGGUGCAACUCCAACGUCUUAUAUUAUAGAAGCCUUCAGCCAUGCAUCUGGUAGCAGCUGGCAGACGGUAGCGGAGAAUGUGAAAACAGAAGCAUUUGCCAUUAAAGGACUCAAACCUAAUGCAAUUUACCUUUUCCUUGUGAGGGCUGCCAAUGCAUAUGGAAUUAGUGAUCCCAGCCAGAUAUCAGACCCAGUGAAAACACAAGAUAUUCCCCCAACCAGUCAGGGGGUGGAUCACAAGCAGGUCCAGCGAGAACUGGGGAAUGUUGUGCUGCAUCUCCACAACCCCACCAUCCUUUCCUCCUCUUCAAUCGAAGUGCACUGGACAGUGGACCAGCAGUCUCAGUAUAUUCAAGGAUACAAAGUUCUUUACCGCCCGUCUGGAGCCAACCAUGGUGAAUCCGAGUGGUUAGUUUUUGAAGUGAGGACCCCAACCAAAAAUAGUGUGGUUAUCCCUGAUCUCAAAAAAGGAGUCAACUAUGAAAUUAAGGCUCGUCCUUUUUUUAAUGAAUUUCAAGGAGCAGAUAGUGAAAUUAAAUUUGCCAAAACCCUAGAAGAAGCACCCAGUGCCCCACCUCAAAGUGUAACUGUAUCAAAGAAUGAUGGAAAUGGAACUGCAAUUCUUGUUAGUUGGCAGCCACCUCCUGAAGAUACUCAAAAUGGAAUGGUCCAAGAGUAUAAGGUCUGGUGUCUGGGCAAUGAAACGCGAUACCAUAUAAACAAGACAGUAGAUGGUUCCACCUUUUCUGUGGUCAUUCCCUCACUGGUUCCUGGGAUCCGAUAUAGUGUAGAGGUGGCAGCCAGCACGGGCGCCGGGUCGGGGGUGAAGAGUGAGCCACAGUUCAUCCAGUUAGAUUCUCAUGGAAACCCCGUGUCACCUGAGGACCAAGUCAGCCUUGCUCAGCAAAUCUCAGACGUAGUGAAGCAGCCGGCAUUCAUCGCAGGAAUUGGGGCUGCCUGUUGGAUCAUCCUUAUGGUUUUUAGCAUCUGGCUCUAUCGACACCGAAAGAAGAGAAAUGGGCUGGCUAGUACUUACGCGGGUAUCAGAAAAGUCCCGUCUUUUACCUUCACACCAACAGUAACUUAUCAGAGAGGAGGCGAAGCUGUGAGCAGUGGAGGGAGGCCAGGACUUCUCAACAUCAGUGAACCUGCCACACAGCCAUGGCUGGCAGACACAUGGCCUAACACUGGGAACAAUCACAAUGACUGCUCCAUCAAUUGCUGCACGGCAGGCAAUGGGAACAGUGACAGCAACUUGACCACGUAUAGUCGCCCAGCUGAUUGUAUAGCAAAUUAUAACAACCAACUGGAUAACAAACAAACAAAUCUGAUGCUCCCUGAGUCAACUGUUUAUGGUGAUGUGGACCUUAGUAACAAAAUCAAUGAGAUGAAAACCUUCAAUAGCCCAAAUCUGAAGGAUGGGCGUUUUGUCAAUCCAUCAGGGCAGCCCACCCCUUAUGCCACCACCCAGCUCAUCCAGUCAAACCUCAGCAACAACAUGAACAAUGGCAGUGGAGACUCUGGCGAGAAGCUCUGGAAGCCACCCGGACAGCAGAAACAAGAAGUGGCACCGAUUCAGUAUAACAUCGUGGAGCAGAACAAACUGAACAAAGAUUAUCGUGCAAAUGACACAAUUGCUCCAACUAUCCCAUACAACCAGUCAUAUGACCAGAAUACUGGAGGAUCCUACAACAGUUCAGACCGGGGAAGUAGUACAUCAGGGAGUCAAGGGCACAAGAAAGGGGCACGGACACCCAAAGUACCCAAGCAAGGUGGCAUGAACUGGGCAGACCUACUGCCCCCUCCCCCAGCACAUCCUCCUCCUCAUAGCAACAGUGAAGAGUACAGCAUCUCUGUAGAUGAAAGCUAUGACCAGGAAAUGCCAUGCCCCCUGCCCCCUGCACGGAUGUAUCUGCAACAAGGUGAACUAGAAGAGGAGGAAGAUGAACGAGGUCCCACUCCCCCUGUGCGGGGAGCCGCCUCUUCUCCGGCUGCCGUGUCUUACAGCCAUCAGUCCACCGCCACUCUCACACCCUCUCCACAGGAAGAACUCCAGCCCAUGCUACAGGAUUGUCCCGAGGAGGUGGGCCAUGGGCAGCACCAGCCUGACAGGAGACGGCAGCCGGUGAGCCCUCCUCCACCUCCAAGGCCGAUUUCUCCACCCCACACCUACGGCUACAUUUCAGGACCCCUUGUCUCAGACAUGGAUACGGAUGCGCCAGAAGAGGAAGAAGAUGAAGCCGACAUGGAAGUAGCCAAGAUGCAGACCAGGAGGCUUUUGUUACGUGGGCUGGAGCAGACCCCUGCCUCCAGUGUCGGGGAUCUGGAGAGCUCUGUCACUGGGUCCAUGAUCAAUGGUUGGGGCUCUGCCUCAGAGGAGGACAACAUUUCCAGCGGACGCUCCAGCGUUAGUUCUUCUGAUGGCUCUUUUUUCACUGAUGCUGAUUUUGCCCAGGCGGUCGCAGCGGCAGCGGAGUAUGCUGGUCUGAAAGUUGCCCGGCGCCAAAUGCAGGAUGCUGCUGGCCGCCGCCAUUUUCAUGCAUCCCAGUGCCCUAGACCCACAAGUCCUGUUUCUACAGACAGCAACAUGAGUGCUGCUGUAGUACAGAAGGCCAGACCAGCCAAGAAACAAAAGCACCAGCCAGGACAUCUGCGCAGAGAAGCUUACACAGAUGAUCUUCCACCUCCCCCUGUGCCACCACCUGCUAUCAAGUCACCCACUGCCCAAUCCAAGGCCCAGCUGGAGGUGCGACCCGUGAUGGUGCCAAAACUCCCUUCUAUAGAAGCAAGAACAGACAGAUCAUCAGAUAGAAAAGGAGGCAAUUACAAGGGGAGAGAAGUAUUGGAUGGAAGACAAGUUGCUGAUAUGCGACCAAAUCCAGGUGAUCCUAGAGAAGCACAGGAACAGGCAAAUGAUGGGAAAGGACGAGGAAACAAGGCCGCAAAACGAGACCUUCCACCAGCAAAGACUCAUCUCAUCCAAGAGGAUAUUCUGCCUUACUGUAGACCUACUUUUCCAACAUCAAAUAAUCCCAGAGAUCCUAGUUCUUCAAGUUCUAUGUCAUCAAGAGGAUCAGGAAGCAGACAAAGAGAACAAGCAAAUGUAGGUCGAAGAAAUAUUGCAGAGAUGCAAGUUCUUGGAGGAUAUGAAAGAGAAGAUAAUAAUGAAGAAUUAGAGGAACUUAUCUCUUACAGGAAACUGAAAGCUGAAGACAACCAGAGAGGAUUAAGAGAUCUAAUGUGA